AUGGGCGUCGCCGCCGCCCUCUCCGGCCUGGCGACCUCAACAGACGCCUCCGACCUGCCCCUGUGGCUGGCGCGCGGCAACGUGCUCUCCCCCAUCUCCAUCUGGGUCUUCGGCGCCAUCUUCGGGUUCAUGUGCGCUCGCUUCCUGGGCCUCCUCACUGGCGAGAGCGCGGCUUGGCUGACGUCGCCGCCCGGUAGCGGCGUCCGACGGGCGGCGCUGCUGCUGCACGGGAUGGUCAUCGCCAGGGACAUUUGGAUCAGCAGCACCGAGAGAGGCACUUUCCGGCGCUGCUGUCGAGAGCUGUGGCGGUGGCUGGAGGAGCGGCUGUGCUGCCGGCGGCCGGCCAAGGCCUCCCGCGGUCUUGGGGCCCCUCCGAGGCCGCUGACCGAGGACGCAGGGACCACGGACGAGUCCUGGUGCGUGACUGAAGAGGACCUGAAGUUCUUCAAGACCAGGAUGGAGAAUCGAGACCCUAAAGACUGGAAAAGAUUUUGUCAGAAGGAGUUGCCUGGGGAGCUCACCUUCUCUGCCUGGUGCCACGUUCUUCCUAACAAGGGUACGGAGUACAAGAGCGUGACAGUUGUGCGGGACGUUACAGCACAGGAGAUGAUGGAUUUCUACCUCGACGAUCCUUACCGGAUGAAAUGGGAUGGCAUGAUUUCACAUCAUGAGCUCCUUCAGCAGGAGUCCAUGUCAGACCGUCGCCAGAUAGUCCGAUGGAUAAGGUCGUUUCCGUUCAGUUUCAUGACCGAUCGUGAGUACAUUAUUGGCAGAAGGGUGUUUCAAGAGGGGGACAAGAUCUAUGCCAUGACAAAGACUGUGGAUCAUCCACUGGCACCUGUGAAGGAUGGCCUUGUGCGAAUGGAGGUUUACUACUCGAUGUGGUACACCCGUAAUGUGACCUGCCCAUGGGGCACGGACAGGAAGGCCUGUGAGGUUGUGCUGCUCCACCACGAGCAGUUUGGGGUCCCAGAGCGGUUGUCACGAUUCGUGGCCUGCAAGGGCAUGUGGGGAUUCAUCAAGAACAUGGAGCCUACAAUACGACAGUUUACAGCUGAGAGGAGGGCGCGUUGUGAUCCGGAUGCUGCCGAUCCACAAGCCUACGGUGCAAACUGGCAACCCGAGACUGACAGUGAUGACAGCAUGGACUCGAAUGCCAGCAGCCAGAGUGUAAGGGUUCGCAGGUUCCGCCCCAUCAGAGCAGUUCGGAGGGCCGUUAUGGCUGGUCUGGUCACGACGGUCAUCAUCGCUGCUAAGCACAAAUGA